GCACGCACGCCGCGUGCGCCUGACACUAGCAUCCUCUCUGCUGGAAAAGGAAGCGGCGGCCAUCUCAGAACGGCGGAGGCGGCCUGAGGCUCGCCAUUCGCUGAGGCAUCCGCGGGCGGGAGGCCGCACUCUAGACCCCCGACGCGCGCUUCGCCAACGGUCCGCCGCUCGUGCCGCUUCCACGGAGAGGUCGUGGAGCAGGGGCUGGCGUGGAUUGGUUCGCGGCGCCUCGGCCCGCCCUUCGGUGGCGCCCAUUGGUUGGCGCGGCACCCGCUGACGGCGAGGACGCUCCGCCUUCGUGCCGGCCUUCAAGAGGGCGACGAGGAAGCGGCCACCUCCCUGUGCCCCGCCCCUCCGGCUAGCUCUGUGGCUCCUGCGGCUCCUCCCGGUUGCUCCCGGCUCCUCUCUGCCCUCUCCCGGCUUCCUGCGGCUCCGGCUUGGGCUCGGCGGCGGCGGGCAGUCGCAGUGGUACAGAAUGGCAGACCUCAGUCUUGUGGAUGCACUGACAGAGCCACCUCCAGAAAUUGAGGGAGAGAUAAAGCGAGACUUCAUGGCCGCGUUGGAGGCAGAGCCCUAUGAUGACAUUGUGGGAGAAACUGUGGAGAAAACUGAGUUUAUUCCUCUCCUGGAUGGUGAUGAGAAAACUGGGAACUCAGAGUCCAAAAAGAAACCAUGUUUAGACACUAGCCAGGUUGAAGGUAUCCCAUCUUCUAAACCAACACUUCUGGCCAAUGGUGAUCAUGGAAUAGAGGGGAAUAAGACUACAGGGUCUCCAACUGACAUCCUCAGAGAGAACGUGGACUAUCAGGAUUAUCAGAACAGCCAGAAUUGGCCAGAAGAUGCAAACUUUUGUUUCCAGCCCCAGCAAGUGUUAGAUACUAGCCAGGCUGAUCCCUUUAACAUGCACCAUGAUGAUGGUCUGGCGGAUCUGCUCUUUGUCUCCAGUGGACCCACAAAUGCUUCUGCAUUUAUAGAGCAAAACAGUCCUUUAGAAGACAGUUAUGGUAUGGUUCCACGUGACUCAUUUGCUUCCAUGGCUGUUGUAUCUCAGGAGGGGUCUGUGGGAGCUCCAAACUCUCCACACUCAGAUUCCUGCAUUUCCCCAGAGGUUACUAUAGAAACCCAACAGCCAGCAACAGAGCUAUCCAAGGCAGUAGAAGUGGAAUCAGUAAAAGAGCAGCUGCCAACUAAACCAUUGGAAAUGAUGGCACAACAGACCACUGAUCUAGUGCCAUCCAAAGAAACAGAGGAAUCUCCAUCCAUAGACAUAACACCAGGCCCAGGCACAGAAGAAACACUGGCUAAAGAUAUAGAAGAUAUCACCAAUCCAGAUGUAAUAUUGGCGAAUGUCACACAGCCAUCAACUGAAUCAGAUAUGUUCCUGGCCCAGGACGUGGAAUUACUCAUAGAAACAGAGGCAGCCCAUGUUAAAAAUAUAUUGCCUACAGAACCAGAUGUAUCUUCAACCAAGGAUAUGGCACCACCUACAGAAGAAGAAAUGGUCCCAGGCAAGGAUAUGACAUUCUUCAAAGAAACAGAGACAACACUUUCAAUAAAAAUGGACUUGGCACCACCUGAGGAUGUGAUACUUCCCGAAGAAACACAGCUCGCCCCAGCCAAGGUCAUGGUUAUGCUCUCAGAAAGAGACGUGGCCCUGGCGAGUGAUAGUGAGCCCUCUACAGAAGUGCCUGUGGCUCAGGAGGUGGUCUUGUCCUCAGAAACAGGGGGGGUCCUGGCAACAGAGGUGGUACUGCCCUCAGACCCCAUAAUGGCAUUGACAAAGGAUGUGACAAUCCCAUUAGAAGCAGAGGGACCCCUGGUGACUGACAUGACUCCAUCUUCAGAAACAGAAAUGACCAUAAGCAAGGAGACAGCUCCACCCACAGAAACAAAAUUGGGCAUGGUCAAAGACAUGACUCCACUCUCCGAAUCAGAAGUGGCUCUGGGCAAGGACAUGGUUACACUUCCAGAAACAAAGAUGACUGAGUUUAACAAAGAAGAGGUAGCCUCAGUCAAGGACAUGUCUCUGCCUGUAGAUACAGAGGCUCCCCUGGCUAAGAAUGCUGAUCCCCACUCAGGAACAGAGUUGACUCUGGAUAACAGCAUGGUUCCAGCCUCGGAUCUUGCAUUACCCUUGGAAACAAAAGUAGCAACUGUUCAAAUUAAAGACAAAGAAACUGUACAGACACAAGAAGAACUAAGUGAAGACUCCCAGUUAGAACCUGUGCAGCACAAGGGACAGUUGGCAGUACCUCCUUUUACAGUUUCACCAGAACCCGUCAAAUCUACAGACCAAAAGUCUACCUUGCCAAUAGAUGAAGGUUCUCCAUUAGAGAAAUUAGAGCAGAAGGAAGCAGCUGGCGGCCAGCCUUCUGCGCUGUGCUCAGGAGUAUCCCGACUAGAAGAAGGAAAGGCUGCUGUAGGUGUGACUGGAAAUGACAUCACUACCCCACCAAACAAAGAGCUACCACCAAGCCCAGAAAAGAAAGCAAAGCCUUUGGCCACCACUCAACCUGCAAAGACUUCAACAUCGAAAGCCAAAACACAGCCCACUUCUCUCCCUAAGCAACCAGCUCCCACCACCUCUGGUGGGUUGAAUAAAAAACCCAUGAGCCUCGCUUCAGGCUCAGUGCCAGCUGCCCCACACAAACGCCCUGCUGCUGCCACUGCUACUGCCAGGCCUUCCACCCUACCUGCAAGAGACGUGAAGCCAAAGCCAGUUACAGACACUAAGAUUACUGAAAAGCGGACCUCGCCAUCCAAACUGUCAUCUGCCCCACCCCUCAGACCUGGACCUAAAACCACCUCAACCAUUUCAAAAGCCACAUCUCCCUCAACGCUUGCUUCCACUGGGCCAAGUAGUAGAAGUCCAGCUACGACUCUGCCUAAGAGGCCCACCACCACCAAGACUGAGGGAAAACCUGCUGAUGUCAAAAGGAUGACUGCUAAGUCUGCCACAGCUGACUUGAGUCGCUCAAAGACCACCUCUGCCAGUUCUGUGAAGAGAAACACCACUCCCACUGGGGCAGCACCCCCCGCAGGGAUGACUUCCACUCGAGUCAAGCCUAUGUCUGCACCUUGCCGGUCUUCUGUGGCCCUUUCUGUGGACAAGAAGCCCACCUCCACUAAGCCUAGCCCCUCUGCUCCCAGGGUGAGCCGCCUGGCCACAACCGUUUCUGCCCCUGAUCUGAAGAGUGUUCGCUCCAAGGUUGGCUCUACAGAAAACAUCAAGCACCAGCCUGGGGGAGGCCGGGCCAAAGUAGAGAGAAAAACAGAGGCAGCUACCACAGCUGGAAAGCCUGAACCUAAUGCAGUCACUAAAGCAGCCGGCUCCAUUGCGAGUGCACAGAAACCGCCUGCUGGGAAAGUCCAGAUAGUCUCCAAAAAAGUGAGCUACAGCCAUAUUCAAUCCAAGUGUGGUUCCAAGGACAAUAUUAAGCAUGUCCCUGGAGGUGGCAAUGUUCAGAUUCAGAACAAGAAAGUGGACAUAUCCAAGGUCUCUUCCAAGUGUGGGUCCAAAGCUAAUAUCAAGCACAAGCCAGGUGGAGGAGAUGUCAAGAUUGAAAGUCAGAAGUUGAACUUCAAGGAGAAGGCCCAAGCCAAAGUGGGAUCCCUUGAUAACGUGGGCCACUUGCCUGCAGGAGGUGCCGUGAAGACUGAGGGCGGUGGCAGUGAGGCCCCUCCGUGUCCAGGCCCCCCCGCUGGGGAGGAGCCUGUCAUCCUUGAGGCUGCGCCUGACGCUGGCGCCCCUACUUCAGCCAGUGGCCUCAGUGGCCACACCACCCUGUCAGGGGGUGGUGACCAAAGGGAGCCCCAGACCUUGGACAGCCAGAUCCAGGAGACAAGCAUCUAACGAUGACAUUCUGGUCUCGUCUUCCAUCUCCCUGUGUUCCCUCUCUUGUCUCCCCCGUUGUUACCCUCUCCCCUCCCUCCUCACGUGUCACUGCAGAUUGAGACCUACAGGCUGACGUUCCGGGCAAAUGCCAGGGCCCGCACCGACCAUGGGGCUGACAUUGUCUCCCGGCCUCCCCACUUCCCUGCUGGCCCAAGCUUGGGGUCUCGAGCCCUGGGCUCCCUUUCCCGGGCUGUCUACUAGACUUGUAAGCUCUUGGAUGCUGGGUAGCCCCUUUAGGCCUCCUUCCCUCCUGCCUCGCUUGCUCAAGGCAGCAGCAGCCCCGCUGCCUUCACACCUCCUUCCACCCCUUUCUGGGCCCAGCUCCAACUUCACUGUCUCACCACUUCCCCACUGCACCAUGGAGAAAGGUGGGAGGGGAUGGGAGUCUACUGGGUUCUCUGGGAUCUAGAGGGGAGGAGCUGGAUUCCAGCCUCAAAACCCAAAAGAAACUGACAAACCUUCCCUCUCUUCCCUGACCCAACCUGGAGGGACUGGUAAGGGUGAACUCCCAAGUAGAGACCAGCACCGACCGAAUCCCCUGGAACCUAAACCACUGCCUCUCCUUGACCCCAUGGUGGAGGCCACCAUGUAGAUGGUACCAGGCCCUUUUGCUGCCCCGCCUCAAGUUAGUCAAGGUUCAGUCCUCCUUGUCCCCACGGCUUAUUGUGCCUGAGUAGCUGCUGUCUCACUUUUUUCUUUUAUUCUUUUCCCCUCCCAAUAACCUAUGAACUGGUGGUGUAGUUUGCAGGUUGAAGCCAUGUCUAAAUGAGAGUUCUCAGUAGGUGGUGAGGGAAGCAGGAAAGAAGAUCCUGAGUCUCCACUGAGGAGGCUGUCAGACAUUGGGGGUUGCCCUACUCUGGGCAGCUUGGAGGCCCUGUGGGAAGAAGUGGGGCUAUUGCCUAGUGAAGUCGGACAGCUAGGGAGGGUCAGUGUGACUGGUUGUGUUGGUAUUGUGUAUAUGCUGCUUUUCUAACCAAGAGGCUGGUUUUGGCAUCUAUCACAUUCCCUGGGAAUCCGGUGGUUAAUGUAUGAUACAAAACCAGGGCUGGAGAAACAGAAAUGAAGGUCAAAAUCCCUGGCCUGUACCUGCAGGCCAUGGCAUCCAAAUCCUCAUAUCUAAGGGAGCCUGAGAUGUCCAGAAUGCUUGUGAACAGUGGGGAAUCAGGUGUGAAAAUUUAAAACUAAAAUGCAUGAGACUGAGGCCAUCCCACUUUUCUUCUGGUGUGACUGGAGAGGAGCAGGAGAGGCCAGCCAUGGUGGUGUAGCCAUCCCAGCGUGAUCUGCUCAUGGAUGGGAUGGCUGCAGUGUUAAAAAAAUCCCGGGAAUUGUAUCAACAGAAGAUUCUUAUUGCACUUGUAUUUUUUGUAUUAAAGUUUGCAUGGUUUCUAAUAAAGGAUUCAAACCUAAGUUUGUAUUGAAAUGGCCUGGGGGUGUCUAAGGGCUCCUCUGGUAGGACAUUUUCUGCUGGGCAGAUCUGUCUCUCAGGAAGCUGGCCCAGACUUGACCCCUCGGCCCUCCUCCUAACACAGCCUCUGCCUCUGCUUGGGUGCAGUUUGAGCAGGUAGAGGUCUUCACUCUCUCUCUGCCAAGGGAGGGUAUCCCUGGGCUUGAAGGUCCUCUCCGUUUAUGAGGUAGCAGUUACUUUAUGAUAAUCUUGACACUGAACCCCUAGCUCUCUAAGCACACACAACUGCUGGGGCCUGUAGAAAAAGGACAUGGUUGGGGAGUGGCUUUCUUCUCAGGCUGUCAGAAUUAUGCUUGGAGCCUGCAUUGUUUGUAUUUUGCAGCAGUAGAGGCCAGAUGGAGCUGGGAAGGACACAGUGGGGACCAGGGUAGUGAUGGCUGAGGGAAUAAAGGUACCUGCUACCCUCCUUGAUGUUGAUCUUGGGGCCUUGAAGAUGCUAACGAAAUUGACAACAAGUCCAUUGGCCAAGGAUUAGAGAAAGGAAGGAGGGUAGCCCAAGCUCUCUAGGUAGCUCCCUGGAAUGAUCCCACAAGCCAGAGAACCUGAGAAGGCUGCUCUAGCAGAUUGGGACCACAGGCCAUGUGAUGUGCAUACUUCGAAAUGUUUGGGAAUAAGAUCUUUCUGUACUUGACAGUUUGCUCAUGGCUUAGCCAUUACCCAUGUCUGUAAUUGUUGUACUGAUUUAAACAAUAAAGCUGCCUGACAUCCCAUCA